AUGGCUGAUAUCUUCGGAGCCGCUGCGGCUGCCACAGCCAUUAUCGGCCAGUCCCUCAACCUGAUCCGAAGAGUGACAUCGACCAUCAAGCACUACAAGAGCCACGACGAGAGGUUGGAAUGUAUUUACAAUGACCUUUCCGGUAUCAUUGAUAUCAUAGAACUUGUCGAAAACCUCGAGCCGCUCAGAACCCCACGAGUCUCCAGCGCUGUGAACAACAUGCUCGGACACGCUGAAAAGCUGGACCUUCACGUCCAGAGCUUGAAGGAAAAGCAUAGCACGAGAUCCCCCGCCCGCCAAGUGAUAAACCAGCUUAUGGAUGGUGCUCAAGACCUGGAAGAUACCAAAAAGAUGGUCGGCGAGCUUACGACGCUCAAGGCCACGCUCAUGCUUGAGAUCCAGGUGGUCAAUAUCCGUCUGUUCGUGGAAAGGGACCAAACACAGCAGAACGAGUCUGGUUGCACUUACGUUUUGAACAAAGCUUUUCUGCAACAGGUCAAUCAAGCUGUCGAGCAAAGACUUGGCAAGGGGAACGGACUCAGGAUACUCGAGCUGCUGCAACGCAAGACUCCAGAUGGUGCGUACUCCAUUCUCCCCUGUCAUCACACAAGAGUUGACCAGUUUCCCUGCACAGGCAAUGGAAUGAUAUGCCUUACGAAGGAAGAGUACGAAGAUCUCGCCUCUUAUCCGUUGGGCGAGAAUGAUGUGAACAGCCAACCAGGCCCGACCCAAGUCUUAGAAAACACGUGCGACGAUCGAGCAUUCCAGGUCAACGGGUCUGUGAGCGAUAUUGGAGCAGAAGUCACCCACGCUCAAACCAUCAAAGGCAACCAGGCACGCGGCCAAAGCAUCCAAAUGAACGGUUCUAUGGACGGGAACGCGCUUGGCCAGAUGCUAGCGUCAAGAAACAAGACGAUGGAAGCCAUCGCCAAGCCACGUCAACGGCAACAGCCACCACCAGUGUAUCAACAGCUGGUCAAUGGGCCCCGUCAAGCACGGGCUUAUUCGCCGAGGCCAAAUUACGGCCUGCGGCGUGCAAACAAGCGCUCAAAUCCCCGUAUUAAUGGGACUCAAGGAACCUUGCCGGCUCUGGGACAGGUCGCCAUGGCUGAGAGACAGGUCUCGGUGGUUGUAUCUCAGUUCAGAGCAGAUGACGAUGGAAGACAUGACAGGAUACUUGAGUCGCUGGACGACAUCUCAUCCAACAGAGAUGGGAGGGCAUCGUAA